AGGCAGCUGGGAGAAACCAAAAGGAAGAAAAAAGAAAACCAUUGCCCCUGUUGUCGCUAUUGUCGUGCGCGGGAAGCUAGCCAAAAAGAAACUAAAAGGAGUGGUUUAGAGCUCACCUUCACUCCUACCCCCAGCCAACUCUCUCGAACCCUCUGUCUCCUUUUGAGAUAAUUAAAAUCGAGUAAACACCGGCACUAGUCUGUGCCCAUUCCCCCAAGUCUGCACUGAACUAGGUUUGUAGUACCGAGGGAGUGAGGACCCCGUGUCCACCAGCUCAAACCCGGCCCCGCCCCGUCGGCUCUGGCCCAAGGCUCGGAGCAGAGGAUGCCUUUGGAGGUGCAGAAUCCGAAAAUAUGGAUCAACUCAUAAACAGCUUGGGGGUCCAACUUAAUUCAGAAAGUGGCUCAAUGCAUGUCUUCAAACAGGUCACUGGCUCUGUUCAUAUCAGAGAUCCUCCUAAGACAGAAGAUAGAGGGAAUAUGACAUCUCCACCAUUCCCAGAUGCCAGUCCCAUGGAGAACCCAGCACUAUUUAGUGACAUCAAGAUUGAGCCCCCAGAAGAACUUCUGGCUAAUGAUUUCAACCUGCCCCAGGUGGAACCAGUUGACCUCUCUUUUCACAAGCCCAAGGCUCAUCUCCAGCCUGCCAGCAUGCUGCAACCUCCAAUAUUCACUCCCAAGCCAAAGCCUGCUCUCCAGACACUUGUAGUGUCCACUUCAACGUCUGACACAGGCACUUCAGCAAAUAUCCCUACUGUUCUGACUCCAAGGUCUAUCCUGGCCUCCUCUCAAGGAACUGGUGGCCAGCAGAUCUUUCAUGUGAUUCACACCAUCCCUUCAGUCAGACUACCAAAUAAGUUGGGUGGCCUAAAGACAAUCCCAGUAGUGGUACAGUCACUUCCCAUGGUGUAUACUACUUUGCCUACUGAUGGGGGCCCUGCAGCCAUUACAGUCCCACUCAUUGGAGGAGAUGGCAAAAAUGCUGGAUCAGUGAAAGUUGACCCCACCUCCAUGUCUUCACUGGAGAGCCCAAGUGACAGUGAGGAGAGUGAGAUUAAGAGUGGAUCCUUGGCUUUACAGGGUAUUCAGGGACUACAGCAAGAACCAUCAGCAAUGACCCAAAUGCAGGGAGAAGAGUCUCUUGAUUUGAAGAGAAGACGGAUUCACCAAUGUGACUUUGCAGGAUGCAACAAAGUGUACACCAAAAGCUCCCACCUGAAAGCCCACCGCAGAAUCCAUACAGGAGAGAAGCCUUAUAAAUGCACCUGGGAUGGCUGCUCCUGGAAAUUUGCUCGUUCAGAUGAGCUCACCCGCCAUUUUCGCAAGCACACAGGCAUCAAGCCCUUCCAGUGCACAGACUGCAACCGUAGCUUUUCUCGCUCUGACCACCUAUCCCUGCACCGCAGGCGCCAUGACACAAUGUGAGCAGCAUAGACUGCACCAGAAGAGUUGUGCUGGUCUUGUGUGUGUGUGUGUGUGUGUGUGUGUGUGUGUAUGCAUGCACACCGAGAUCAUAACCAUCUUUUCCUCUUUGACUUCAGCUUGCCUCAGGGAUGGGGUAGGCACAGCUCACUGAGCCAGGUUGAUGAGACUGUAGGAAAAAAUAGAUGGUCUCCCAUGGGGGCUCCUCAUAUUCUACUUUCACUUAUCCACUGUCCAGUCUCCAAUUUUUUCAGCCUUGCAUGGAUUGAAUUCCAGUGUGGCACCCAUGGCUGCCCCCCAUUCCUCCACCAUACCCUUGCUUUGACAUAAGACAUUUCUCUACAAAAACAAAACAGGAAAUCAAACUCAAGGCUGUGAACAAACAUGCACUGCUUUUUAUUCCAAUUUUCUCUUAUUUUCUAGAAUUCUUAUCCUUUCUUUAUUUUUUUUGGAAUCAGCAUUUAAGAGUGGUUGGUAGUGUCUUAAAAUGACAUUUUGUAAAUUUCCUAAACAUAAAAAGGCAUAAUAAUUUAGUUGAUUGUUAAGAUUUACAGGGAUUUGGGUCCUGAAUAUAGGGCACAUCCUCAGUGAAUAAAAUGAGUCCCUUGCCAAACUGAAAGAUUUUGUAAAUCCAAUCCUAUAUGUUAUUACAGUUUGGUUUUCAGAAAGUGCUGAUGCUUCUUCACAAGUCUAUCAGAAAGAAUGAAAUGAUCUUCUCCUACUUGUCCUCUUUUUCUUCGUCCUUCUUCAGGAUAAAGAUUUGUCUGCACAGUUAUUUUCUCCGUUAGGUUAAAUUUGAAAAAGCUUUCAAAGCACACACUGACAUGCCAGUAGGGAGAAAAGUGUUCCAGGAAAAUAUGUUGGGCAGCGACAGGAACAAACAAAACCAGGAUGAUUCUGAAAACAAAUAGAGGGGGACUUUCAUUUGGAUAAGAUUUCAGAAGCUCUGUAACCACAAACCUCAUUCAAAUGGCAGCCUGUUGAGGCAGUGUCUUGAGGGGCUGUUUAUUCUUUUGUUUAUGUAAAGCAACUGUUAUGAGCAUAUUGCAUGGUGAGAAAUCACACACUGGGGUCAUUUUAUACAGAAGUGAGGGGUUGGAAGAAAAAAAUGUGUUCAUUCUGUGGCAUUAUUAGCAUGAAUUCUUAUAUUCCAAAUGGAAUUUAAAAGGAUUUUAGAGAAAACUGACACAAAAAAACCAUUUGAUGUUCUGCAACUGCUAUAAACCGCUAGCCAUUUCUUUAGCCAUUAAGGCAGGUUACAUAUUAUUCGCAUCUGAUUACCCAAUUGGACUUUUAAGUAAUAGUCUCCGGGACAUCAAACCCUCUGUUCUAGGCUGUGGACUUCAGAUCUACCUCCAAAUGGCAUAUUUUCUCUACCUGGGGGCAGGGAGGGCUUUGCAUCACUUAGGUUUAAAUUCAGCCUCUCUUCUAAAGGUUAUCUUCGUAUUGAACCCCUUUUCCUUGGCAGAUAUUCAAUUAGUCCCUGUGUGAAUACUUUAGGUUACUACUUCCAAAGACCAUCCAUUCCAUCUAAAUCAAGAAAUUCUAGUACCAAGAAUGGAUCUUAUUAACCACUUAGUACUAUCCAUCAUUUAUAUUUUAAAGAUGAAACAAAUAUGGGCCAGAUUUUUUCCCCAGAUUUUUUAUUGAAGUGUUAUAGAUCUGUGCACCCAUUCUCCCAGGAAUCACAUUCUAAAACGAAACUAAAGAAAAAUUUUACAUAACUGGUUGCAGUAUUUCUCCAAUUUUAUAUGCUAUGCUUCAGAAAACUAGACCACUCACAGUAUUAUUUACAGUUGAUUAAAUACUAAGUAAAAUGUGUUUGUGGUCAUUGGUAUAUAACAUUAGACACACAAUUUUUCUAUUCAAACACUGUCUGUAAUAUUUCAGAUUUGAUUUGCCUCAUUUUCACUUACAGUGUCUUUCCAGACUAUAAACUGUCAUAAAUUCAGACUGUAUAUUUCUCAAAAUGACAUAUGAAUUUUUAAUAUUAUUGUUAUUUUGAUACAGGCUUUCCCCUGACUUUGGGUGUUCAAGUUACACACUGUAAACUAAUUGAUGAAGCAUUAGGAGAUAUCUAGGGCCAGUCUGUUAAAGGGAAGUUCUAUGUAGCUAUAAGACAGAUGGUUAGAGGUGAAUUACCAUCACACAUGAGUUUAAGCAUUUAAUUGGGUAGUUGAUGUGGCAUUUCAUAGUAAAGAGCCUAGCCAUUUUCUCCAAAACUUUGAUCCUGAGUCUCCUUUUCUAGAGUACAUACAUAAAUGACUUGUGCCCCUUGGACCUCAGGAUCUUUUGCACUGAGCAUAUAAUCUUAUAAAUAAAGGCUAUCAAUCAUACUGUUGUACUAUGAUGAUCAAAUUAAGUUUCUAAAUACUGGUAUCUCUGACAUCCUUAAGUCUAACCCUUUACUCAUUUUUUUUCCCCUUCAAAGUAAUGUGGGACUUUGUUAAUGCUUUAUUGUUACAAAACAUUUCAAACCCUAUUCUCAUUGCCCUGUCCCCUCCAAAUAAUGGUUAAAAAAAUCCUUCCAGUUAUUUACAUAUAUUGUAAUAAAUAUGUCUAAAUGCAUUUAGAGUGUUUCAUAGAGAUCCAAAUACAGUACACUACAGUACUACACCAAAACUACAUAUAAUUUUGCUAAAUAAACAGUGAGAUGGAAAGGAACUAUUUUAGCUGACAUUUGGAAUUAAUUGAAUUUACUGUGCUCAUGCCAGCAAAGCACCAUUAAGUGGACAUUUCCCAUGACAUGAAAAAUGGCCUUGUUUGAUAAGGUUGGAUAAUAUUCUGGGAUUCGUUGCCAUGGAAUUCUUCCAUCUGUACAUGAUUGGCAGUUGAACAUAGGUGUCAAUAAUUAUGAUUGGAGAAUUCAUGGAAAACUAUGAGGAAUUGAACUGGUUGGGUAGGUUAGGUGGAUUGAAUUAUGGUAACACAAAAUGUUUCUGAGAGUAAGAUCUUUUUUUUUAAGAGUAAGAUACUUUUAAAUAAACUUUUUUAAAUUUAAUUUUUUAAUAUUUAUUUUUGAGAGAGAACACGAUUGGGGGUGGGCAGAUAGAGAAGGAGACACAGAAUCUUAAGCUGGCUGCAGGCUCUGAGCUGUCCACACAGAGCCCAACAUGGGGCUCGAACUCACAAACUAUGAGAUCAUAACCUGAGCCAAAGUCAGACACUUAACCAACUGAGGCAUGCAGGGACCCCCUUUUUACUUUAGAACUGUUUUAGAUUUACAGAAAAUUGUGAAGAUAGUACAGAGAGUUUACCUAUAAACAGUAUCCAGUUUUCACUUUUAUUAAUAUCUUUUAUUAAUUCAUUAGUAAGGUAUAUUUGUUACAGCUAAUGAAGUAAUAUGAUACAUUAUUAUUAACUAAAGUUCAAACUUUAUUCAGAUUUCCUCAAUUUUUACCUAAUAUUCUUUUUUUAAGCAUCCUAUUCAGGAUACCACAUUACAUUUAAUAGUUAUGCCUCCUUAUGCUUCUCUUGGUUGUGACAAUUUCUCAGACUUUCCUUCCUAUGACAUUGACAGUUUUGAGGAGUAUGUCCCAAAUUGAUGUUUUCUUCAUGAUGAAACUGAGGUUAUGGUUUGAAGAAGGAAGAUCAUAGAGGAGAACUACCAUUUGUAUCACAUUAUAUUAACAUGGCUUAUACUCUGGAUGUUAACCUUGAUCAUCUGGCUGAGAUUGUGUUUGUUAGGUUUCUCCUCUGUACCCUUCCUCUCCCUGUCUCCACGCUGUACUUUCUGGAAGGAAGUCACUAUAUGAAGCCCACACUUAAGCAGUGGUAAAUUAUGCACCACAUCCUAGAGGGUCUCUAGAUAAAUUAUUUUAAUUAUUUGCAUGAGACAUUUGUCUUUUCUCUCUCAUUUAUUUAUUUAUUAAAUCAUUUACUUGUAUCA